AUGUGCCCCGUGCUACCACGCAAGGUCGACCCGCCCGCCAAAGUCGCCCUGAAGGCCAUGUUCCUACUGGGCUUAGGCACUUGUAUUAUCACUGCCGUCACCAUCGCCGUCUUCUGGGUCAUUCAGGACUCCCUCGUCUACAAGCCCACGAAAGUCUGGCGUGGUUCCCCGAGCGUCUCGGGCAUGCCGCACUACGACGAUGUGAACUACUGCACCACAGACGGGGCAGAGAUUUCGGGGUGGUUUAUCCGUCAGCCCCCAGGUCACUUCAAAAAUGCGAGGACUCUGGUAUACUUUCAUGGGACUGAUAAGAAUGCAAGCUUUCGCCUGAAGAAGGUUAUCGGCUUUUAUGAGCACUGCAAAUGUAACAUCCUGCUACUUUCGUAUAGAGGCUAUGGAUUGUCCACUGGGAAGCCCAAUGAGCGCGGCAUGAGGAUUGAUGCAGAGAGUGCGUAUGAUUACUUGCAGUCGAGAGGGGAUGUCAAUGUUGGACCGGGCGGUAACCUCUGGGUUUAUGGCGAAUCGUUGGGAGGGGCUGUGGCCAUUCAUUUUUCGAAGGUGUAUCAACAUUGCAUCAACGCACUCAUUUUAGAGAACACCUUCACAAGCUUGUUGGAUAUGAUCAAGUUGGAAUUCCCGAUCCUUGGCGUGUUCCGAUAUUUGAGUAGGAACCGGUGGCAGAGUAAGAAAAGAAUAGGCGAUCUUUCUAUUCCACUAUUGUUUUUGAGUGGUUUAAAGGAUAGCUACAUCCCGCCAGAUAUGAUGAAGCAGAUGCAUCAACUUGCGUCAAAAUCUUCUCUCAAGGAGUUUGUCGAGUUUGAAAAGGGUACGCACAAUAGGACAUGGACUUUGGAUGGCUUCUAUGAGUCCGUCGCUCGGUUUAUGGACCGUGUCGAAUCACAGGGAGCGGAAACGAAAGCAUUGCAGGAUACCCGAGAAUCCAUCUCCCCACGUGGGAAAGAUGAUAGCAAUCGACUCGCCACGGCUACAUAAGCAAAGGCUCUAGAAAUUUUGUGAGACAAACUCAGUUUUGGCAAGGGUUGUGACCUGUGGGGGUAAAAUAACAGCGUUUCAAAUUAAAAGCGAAACCAUUCACAGCAUCCCGUACGAGUACAUAUGUUUUGAGUACGUGUCUUUGCCAAUGUGGGUCCUGGAUGCCGCCACGCUCAAAUGGAGAAAAACAGUCAGGCCCGACCGCGAGUUUGAACGUCUAUACCCUCGUUUAUUUUAUCAUGUAGAUCUCGCCGUUCGUUCUCGCAUCGAGUCCUAGUUUGCAACCUAAUAUUUAAUACGAGAUUAAUGGUUCAGACAGCUACUGGUUAACAAUUUUGAGAUGCAACUUUGCUGAUGCUCUGAAUAAAAAAGCACAGCUGUGCUGAUUCCUGGCAUGCCACGGACUACUUAAAGAGUACCUGUACUGUCAAA